CCAUCGAUUGUCUCACACAGUUGGGCUUUCAAUCUAAACAGGAACAGAAAAGUUCGGGUGAGAUCAAGAAGAAACACAUCCUAGACAUAAAGGAUAAGCUGGGCAAGCGGCAUUGGUUGGCCUGCGAAUCCGGAGAAGUCCUGGAUGACUGGCUGGUGACUCUACUGGAGGCGAGGAUCAAAGUCCCCCCCGCCCUACACAUAUCCGAGUUCAAGAAGGUAGGUCCAAGGGGUUCAUCGGUACGUGCGUACAGUUGUUUGGCGUGGUGUGGCGUACUUGUGUUUGCUGUGUUAGUUGUUUAG